UUGUGCUUUUCUCAAGGACAACUUUCACAUCAGAAUGAAAUUUCUCCACCGGUAACAACUCAUAACUCCUACUCAAAACGUAGCCAACCUCUUCAACAAAGUGUUCACGUUGUCGAGACGUCUCAAGAUGGAACAACGGAUCUCAAUUCCAAAAGUCCUGAAAAUGCUACUGCCGCAUGCACAUUCGCCGCUCCACCGAAAUCAAAACAUGAACGUUUUCCACAGACCACAUUCAUGUGCAUUCCGCCAAAUCCGUUGGGAUUUCUAACUCCACUCACUCUUAUUGAAAAACUGUUUCUACAGCCACUAUGGAAAAGUGACAUAGGAUGGGACGACACGUUAUCCGAAGAACACGAAAAAGAUGGCAGGAAAUCGUCAAUCAAUGACAAGAUCUUUAUUCGACAUCGAUCGCGUCAUUGUCGAUACAGAAACGCUUCCCAAUUCCGACCAAUUCGACCUCCAUGUCUUCGCCGAUGCAUCUGGAUAUGCGUACUGCGCAGCAGCUUAUCUUCUACACCAUCGCACCGACUCUCCACACAAAGUUUCGCUUCUGAUGGCGAAAUCAAGACUAGCUCCGCUUCGCUUCGACUACUAUUCCACUUAUCAGCCAUCGCUGCAGGUGCCAACCUACUUUCGUUCCUUGCAGAACAACUCGAUAUGAAAAUUCGUCGAAAAUAUUUUUGGUCUGACAGUGCCGUUGCACUAGCAUGGACUACGUCUUACAAAACCCUACGAAUAUUCGUUCGCAACCGUGUUUGUAAAAUUCGUGAACUCACAACCGUUGUCACUAUCCGUUGCGUUCCAACAGCGGAAAAUCCAGCGGUUAUCGGCUGUCGGGGGACAUCUGUCUUAAUACUACAAAAUUUGGCUCACUGCUGGCACGGAACUACCAUUUUAACAGAGGAUGUAACAACUUGGCCUCGAAACUCAGGUCAAGAAACUACAGUUGAAAAUCCAUCAUUUCAAGAAAGCGAAAAACAAUCUUUUCCCUCAUCACUAGCAGCAACGCAAAAUGUUCUCCAAGAACAGCCAUUAUUAGACUCGUCACGAUUCAGCACGUGGGAUUCGUUAUUCGCUACUGUAGUGUUUGUACUACGCUUCCUUACUACCGGAUCCAAGAAAGCAGCCUCGUUCAUCGGAACUAGUGGAGCACUCCUUCAAACUCGAGCAGAACGAGUUUUAUUUCGCCUGGCCCAACAGCAGUGCCCCCCUUCGAGCUGCAACGUCAGCUGCAUCUCUUCCACUGUGAUGCGACACAUCUUUGGAAAUCACGAGGACGCAUCGAGGCCGCUACACUCCUUCAGGAAGCGAAGACUCCAAUCUUCUUCCAUCCAGAAACCAUAUCACUGA